CACGGACAAUGCAAUGCCAUGCCAUUGAUCGCCAACGUUGGACGACACGCGGGGAAAUGAAACAGCUCUUUGAAGUUGACCAGUGCUGUUGUUCCUCUUGAAGUCAUUCUCUAUAGCCUCGCUCUAGCAUCCAGCUGUCCUCCUCGACGACGACGACGACAACAACAUUUCCCAUCGCCCACCAUGGCCAGCCCGCAACCGCCGUACCCUCUGCACCCCACGGCCGCCGCCCGCAUCAACCCGGAAUACGCGGCCUUCUACAACGCCCACAUCAUCGACAAGCAGCAGGUCCACCUCCAGCCCGUCGCCGCCUCGCGCACAAGCGGCACCCUCAUCCCCGGCAGCGGGCCCCUACAGAAGGUCGCGUCGACAAAGGACUACACGUUCGCCCGGAAGGAGUCCGCGGGGCCGGACGUCGCAGUACGGUGCUUCACGCCCGAGGGAGACAGGCCGGAGAAGGGAUGGCCGGUGUGCGUGUACUUUCACGGCGGCGGGUGGGUGCUCGGCACGAUUGCCACGGAGAAUGUGAUUGCCUCGCAUCUCUGCGCCAGGGGCAAGUGUGUGGUUGUCAGCGUGGACUACCGCCUCGCGCCCGAGGACCCGUUCCCGGCGGCUGUGGAGGAUGCCUGGGAGGGCGUUCUCUGGACCAUCGGGGAGGGAAAGGAGUUGCUGGGCCUCGAUACAUCCAAGAUGGCAACUGGCGGCUCCUCAGCCGGCGGUAACCUGGCCGCCAUCAUGACGCAGCGCGCCGCGGACCGCGGCUCUCCAAAGUUCUCGCUGCAGCUCCUCUCGGUGCCCGUCAUGGACAACACGGCCGACACAACCAACAACGAGUCGUGGAACGAGAACCAGCACUCGCCGGCGCUGCCGGCGCCCAAGAUGCUGUGGUACCGGAACCACUACCUGCCGAACAAGGAGGACUGGGCGCACCCGGAGGCCAGCCCGCUGUUCUGGAAGGGCGACUUUGGGAAGCUGCCGCCGGCGUGCUUCGUGGUGGGCGAGCUGGACGUGCUGAGGAGCGAGGGGGAGCAGUUUGCGGACAAGCUGAGGGAAAAGGGCGUCAAGGUCGAGUUGAACCUGAUGAAGGGCCAGCCGCAUCCGUUUAUCGCGAUGGACGGGGUGCUCGAGGACGGGGCGCGGGCGAUUACGCUGUUCUGCGACGCGCUCUACAAGACAAUGUACGAGACGUGGUAGGAAGGACAGGUCCCGAACGAUGUGAGCCAGAUACCCAAGCUUGGGUCGGCCAGGCAGCCGACAACGUAGUGGCGGCCACGUGUAAUCAGACCUCGCUCGACGCCACCGCACUUGAUAAAGAAGCUUGGUCCAGCCUCUCAACAUUACCAAAGCCGUGGUGGCCGAUUUU